UCCGCCCGACCUGGGAGAGCUGCCAUGCCCGCCGUGCCGGCUUCAGACAUGCUGGGCGGCGAGCGAGUGACUGGGGCAGAUGCAGGUAAUAAGCCCAUAUUGGAAGAGCAGAUCCCAGUACAUGAAGAUUUCACCAGCAUUUGCGGAGCAGCUACUCAGGUCUUAAAAUGUGGCCCCUGGAAAAAUCUCUGGGAGAAGGAUCAUGUUCCAAAACUAUUACUUUUGGUCAUCCCAGGCAAUCCGGGAUUUGCUGGUUAUUACCGAACAUUCAUUCAAGCUUUGUACUGUGGCCUAAAUCGGCAGUAUCCAGUUUGGAUUGUAAGUCAUGCAGGGCACUGCCGAGUGCCUCAUGACAUGGAAAUCGUUGAAGAGACAGAUAUUAAAGAACUGGAUGAUGUCUUUGGACUUCGUGGGCAAAUUGAACACAAACUCAACUUCCUCAGAAAGAACGUCCCCCAAGACAUAAAGCUUGUGCUCAUAGGCCAUUCGAUUGGUUGUUAUAUUGCCCUUGAAAUGGUGAAGCAAGAACCCAAACUGGAGGUUCUCCGCUGCGUGAUGCUCUUCCCUACAAUAGAGCGCAUGGCGCUGUCCCCUCAAGGAAAGUUCUUGUCACCCCUGCUGUGCCAGCUUCGUUAUAUUCUUUACAUGCCGAUAUUCUUGAUGACUCUUCUCCCGGAAAGAGUUAAAAGUUCCCUCGUGCGCUUUUUGCUACGGGGACUAAAAUACCAAGAUGAAUCUUCAAUAAUGGCUUCUCUAGAUCUGGCUAAUAUGGACUGUAUGGCAAAUGUCAUGUAUAUGGCAAGUCAAGAGCUGAGGAAGGUUGUGGAGAGAGAUAGCGCUACCAUAAGACAGCAUUUAAAGAAGCUAACUUUUUACUAUGGAGUUGAAGACCAGUGGUGCCCUGUGCAAUACUACGAAGAGAUGAAGAUGGAGUUUCCAGAUGGAGACAUCCGACUGUGCGAGAAAGGGAUCCACCAUGCCUUUGUCCUGGAAAACAGCAAGGAAAUGGCUGAUAUGAUCCCAGACUGGCUACAGGAUGAUCUAGCCAGAUUGUAAAUGGGUAAAAUCAACGGUGGGGAGAUGUUACUUGUUUUUUGAAUGUGUUCUUGUCCCUAGAAGGUUUGCACCCUAAUUCUGUCUGUGCAUUGUGGCUUCUUUCCUGUUAAGGGUGUAGUGUGGCAUUAGUGCUGUGCUGCUGACAGAGUCCUGUUGAGCGCCUUUGGUGUGGAUGUAAGUGCCUGUCAUGGAUUUUGUCAAAUGCAAAACCAGAUUUUAAAAAGUGUAUAGUAGUAGCCCAAUGUCAAUGGCUGCCGUAUUUAAAAACUAAAGGCAGAUUUCCCCUGCCCAUGCUGUUAGUGGUGGGGAAAGUGUUGUUUCCCAUUGGUGGAUGGUUUUAUUGAAAACGAGUUCACACAUGCAUAUGGUUGAAACAUCAAGGAAUUAGUUGUGUGAAACAGUCGCAACUAAUCAAGUUCUAUAGAUGGGGCUUUCAGGUCCUCUCAAAUGCAGUACUUGCAAGGGAAGUAAUUUUUGCAUUUACUUGCAGGUCAUUGAGUGCAAGGCGCUUUUUGAGUGACUUGCAGGUAUAAGUGCGAACCAACCACUAAAAUCAAAAUGUUAAAAGUACCACAGUGUGAUGCAGGAAGGUUCUAGCACAUAAAGUAGAUCGCCUGUUGAAAUAUUUUGCUGGGUGGUAGCACUCAGCCCCAAGCCCUAAAUUCCUUUAUUUCUUUAAUUUUUUGUUAAAAAGCCUAUUCUCGGAGAAUAUUGUAAGAUUACUUUUUUUACAAUUACUUAAUUGAAAUGGUUUUUAUAUAAAAUGAGAGAUAUGAAAAAAAAACUUCCUUUAAUACCAUUCCAAAUAAUAUUUCAAACAGUUCAAAGGUAAUAUAAUCCAUAAAUUAAAAAAGAUAUUUUCCCCAUCUCUUUUGUAUCUAAGAGCAGCCUUUAAAAAGAUUCUUUUUAUUUUUAAUCUCUUUUUAAAAUGAUUUUUAAUAGGGUAGAAAAUAAUAGGAAUUGCGGGUAUUCAACCAGCUGUGGACUUUGCAGAACAGAACUCCUCUGUCUUGCUGCAGCCUGCUGAGACCCCCAAAUUUUGUUCAUAGGUCAGGUACAGCAUAUAAGGCUCAAGGCGGAUCUGCAAUGGGAAGGGGCAGUUGACACAAAUCAGUGCCCCCUCUUCUGCAAAUGGAAAUGCCUUUCCAUCAAAGGAGUCACAGGGCUGGAGAUAGUUUCAGUUGGGUAGCUGUAUUGGUCUGUAGUGAAACAGCAAGAUUUGAGUCCAGUAGGAAGACCACAAGACUUUCAGAGUAUACGCUUUGGAGAUAAAGGGACCUUUGAAUCUAGAAAGCGUAUACCCUGAAAAUUUGGUUGGUCUUUAAAGGGCUACUGGACUCAAAUCUGUGAUUGAAGACAGAACUUUCCUGGAUGCUGCUAAGGUCCAGUUCUCACAUGGUGCAGAUGUGGAGGUAAAUCUGUUUUUGAGCCGUGUUCUUUCAGACGGCAGAUGAAGGGUUGCAUUAUCAAAUUAUCCAUACAAAAACACUCCAGAGAAAGGCAGGUAUAUACACAUUAUUGUAUCUCAAUGCUUUAAACUUUUGUUUUGAUGUGGAAAGGCAGCAUAGAAAUGUUUUAAAUCAACAACAUAAAUAAAAUUUAAAUGAAUACGGUAGAAUUGGGUGGAAAGGCAGCAUAUAAAUGUUUUAAAUCAACAACAUAAAUAAAAUGUAAAUGAAUAAGAUCCUUGGACAUAGAAAACUAACAGUUAAUAUUGUUUGUGCAGGCCACCUUUUUGUAUGCAAUUAUGUUCAGACAUGGGUGCCCUCCCCUUCACUUUGAAACAGUUGUUAACCAGGAAUAGGUUUACUUCCUUAUCUGUUUCUGAUAACAUCUGGGCCUGCUGUUAACAAGUAUUCCUUAGCUAACCUCUUCUGAAACAGUUCUUGGUGCUAACAGGGGCUUAAAAACCAUGAAUGCCUAAGAGUUAUUGUAUAAUUCCAGAACAUUUGUAAUGCAGAAAAGCUACCUCCCUGAGCCAAUUGGUGGCUCAUCUCCACCUUCCAAAGUUGUCCUCACGUUCAAACUGCUGAUUUUAACCAGCUGACCUUCCAUAGGUCAAAUUAACCAACGAUUGAUAGGUAUAUUUGGAACUCUUGAUGUUUGUGAUUUUGUUGCAUAGAUUCAGACACUAAAAUGUAACUGUUUUUUACAUUAAGUGCCCAAGCCACAUAAAUGUUCAACAAUCUUUUAGUAUUUCCAUGUACUAUUAAUAUAAUAGAUAUUUAUGUAAUAAUGCUGUGUAGCACUUUCA